CGAGGAGCAACGAGGCAGCAGGGCUGGAUAUUGCCAGCGAGAAACGCGGUUGCCAGAUCAGCGUUUGAAAACUAAGACACACCCGACUUGGCAGUUUGGGGCUCGUUCUUUGUGUCGUAUGGAAUGGACAGGGACGGUUGUCUCUUGCCCAAAACGGAGGUGUUUGUAUUCAGUAAAUCUGAUCCAGGGCAAUCAUCCUAUUCUACCAACGUGGAGGGACUUUGGUGGAAGUUUCUCUCUUCAGCAGCGCCCUCUGUGAAGUUAUUUUCCUUAAGAGAGUCCAGAUAAUUGCAGUGAGAAACGUAUAAAGUCUCAUCAUGGGAGGUGUGGCGAUGGAUGAUGGCCCGUCUGGAGUCAAAGCCCCAGAUGGCGGCUGGGGCUGGGCCGUUCUCUUUGGGUGCUUUGUCAUCACUGGAUUUUCCUAUGCCUUCCCAAAGGCCAUGAGCGUCUUCUUUAAGGAACUUAUCCGGGAAUUUCACAUUGGAUAUAGUGACACAGCAUGGAUCUCCUCUAUUCUGUUGGCUAUGCUUUAUGGAACAGGUCCCUUGUGUAGUAUGUGUGUCAAUCGCUUUGGUUGCCGCCCUGUUAUGCUGGUGGGAGGCCUCUUCGCUUCAGCGGGGAUGAUCAUUGCUUCCUUCUGCACUAACAUCAUUCAGAUCUAUCUGACUGUUGGUGUCAUUACUGGUUUGGGUCUGGCACUCAACUUUCAGCCGUCACUCAUCAUGCUAAAUCGCUACUUCGACAAACGUCGGCCUUUGGCCAAUGGGCUGGCUGCAGCUGGAAGCCCUGUAUUUCUUUGUGCUCUUUCGCCCUUGGGGCAGAUACUGCAACAUGAAUAUGGAUGGCGAGGGGGAUUUCUCAUCUUGGGUGGAUUGCUUUUGAACUGCUGUGUUUGUGGAGCUCUGAUGAGACCUUUGAAGCCUCCUAAAAAACUUGAAGUGUCCAAAGAGGCUCUUGAGAAACAACCCCAUAAAAAGCUACUGGAUUUCAGUGUCUUCAGAGAUCGUGGCUUCCUAAUCUAUACAAUUGCUGCAUCCAUCAUGGUGCUGGGCUUAUUUGUGCCCCCCGUCUUUGUGGUGAGCUAUGCUAAGGAUCUGCAUUAUGAGGAUACCAAAUCCGCUUUCCUUCUGACUAUUCUCGGAUUCAUCGAUAUCUUUGCUCGGCCUAUUUGUGGAGUAGUGGCUGGCUUGGAGUGGGUUAGGCCCCGCUGUGUCUACCUCUUUAGUUUUGCAAUGUUCUUUAAUGGUUUUACUGAUCUCAUGGGGUCCAUGUCCUACAAUUAUGGUGGCUUAGUGGUCUUCUGCAUUUUCUUUGGCAUCUCUUAUGGAAUGGUUGGUGCUCUGCAGUUUGAAGUCCUCAUGGCUAUUGUUGGUACACAGAAGUUUUCCAGUGCCAUUGGCUUAGUUCUUCUGGCUGAAGCAAUGGCUGUCCUAAUUGGACCACCUUCAGCAGGCAAACUCUUGGACGCCACACACAAAUAUGCAUUUGUUUUCCUUAUGGCUGGUGUUGAAGUUGUUACCUCUUCUGUGGUACUGGCUGUAGGAAAUGCCUGCUGCAUUAAGAAAAAAACAGAACACAAAGAAGAUGCAGCAGAAAGAGAGGAGCUAAACAAACCAGAACACAAAGAAAGUGAAGGAGAGGAGUUAAACAAACUACAGGCCAAAACAUCUGCAGACUCUAAGGUGGACUCUCUUGAGGUUGAACACUUUCUGAAAGAUGAGAAAAAUGGGGAAGUUGUAACUAACCCAGAAACAUCUGUGUGAGUGUGACAGGGAUGAAUGCCAUAUAUGGAGGGAGUGAAUUCAAGAAUUCUCGCCCUCUUGGGGUUUUUUUUAGGCAUAGGACUAGCUUAGGGCUGGGCCAUCUGUUUGGGAACUAGAGGCCAACGAGCUCAUGAAAUCACUCUUUGGAAGCUGACCUGUCAGAAAAUCUUUCUUUCCACUUAAAGUGGGAUUGAACUUCAAGUUAAGCUGCUUGGGCAUAACUACUGCUGUAAAGUAAACAAAUGGCCUUUUAAACACGUGUAGAGGUCCCCGCUACGCAUCACCAGAAAAUUCUCACUUGGAAUUAAAAUGUCUUUUAACUAGAGAGGAAUUAUACAUAUACUUUCCUGUAAUACAGAUGAAAUACUCAUUUGUUUUUAUGUGUGUGGUGCACCUCAAUGUAUCUUCCAUGUCUGUGUGUGCUUUAGGAGGAAUGGCUUAGCAAGGAGAAAUCUCAGGGUCUUGGUAGUCUCCAGUAGAUUUUUAAAACUAUACUUUUCCAAAUAAUUUGAGAUCAUUUGGCUCAGCCCUAAUCUAAUGUUGAUAUAUACAAUUUUCAAUGACUUUUGGUUUGUUAUUGUCUUUUUAUGAGUUUUUAGUUUUAAUGGACCUUUUUCCUGAAAUAUUAUUCAGGUACCAAGACAGGUACUGAAAUUCUUCCUGGGAAACCUCACAACUGCUGUUCCCAAAUGGUGUAAACACAAAGUAAAGGUUGUGUUUAAUCCCACCUGGACUGUAGAGAAAGCAAGGGGCUUGUUGACCUCAGCUUUAAGUACAGCUCCUUCAAAACAUGCCUUGCAUUAAUGACUUGGAUAGAUUUAUUUCACUUGAGAAGCCCUUCCCAAAACAGCUGGAAGUGAGUGUCCAACAUUUGUGGGCUCCGGGUUAAAUCAGAGGAGGGGGAGAAUCGCCUUGUGUUGUCAGGUGUAAAAAUCCAUUAUAAAAGGUGCUAAUUAAUAAAUUUGUAUAGAAUAAAGAGGCUGUUCUCAUGUGCAACCUAACCCAGGCUAGGGAAGCCCAACCUGGGUUAGCUUGCACAUGAGAGUCACAGGAUCGAGCCUGAUCUUGGCUGGGCAGCACCACCUAGCCUGGCUUUUAGCUGAGGUUAAGGGAGCAAGUGCUCCCUUAACCCGAGCUUGCUGCUCAUGUGCGAAUUAGGGCUAAUCUCAGUGCCCUUCUCCUGGGGUAAUCCCCCAAUGCAUCGCACAUAUUGUACAGUGCACAGUGGGAUAUCUGGAGACCAGGCCAAUGUACCCUGGCCUUCGUAGCUGCCUGCUGUGCCACACAGUGCUGCUUGUCUGGGUGUGCGGUCUGUGCUCCCAGACAUGUGAUCGCUUGUCUGGGGGGGAAGGUGUUUAACCAGCCUUUUGCCCCCACCCUGCCCAGACAUGUGAAUGACCUCAAAGUAUUAUAAAAUAGUAUUGCCCCAGCCCCACUAUUCAAACAUUAUGAGACACUGAAAGAGUUGUCAGCUCUGUUACUCAAUGGCACGGCUUAUGGGAAGAAGCGUAGGGCAAGGGAGGCAGUUUAUCUCCUGCCAUUCACAUUCUUCUGAAUGAAAUAUCUGGUGAUCCAUCUCUCCUCUUUCCUGCUUUGACUUCAUAUCGGCAGGGGAAGUGAUGUUAUGGCAAAAGACAACUUUGGGAGCAGAAGUGUGGUCGCUGUGUUGAAGUCAAUAGCAAGGGUGUGAGGGGUUUCUUUGGAAAUAAAGUAUGGAAUAAAAUUCAUUUGGAAAUACAGCACAGGAUAAAAUAACUCAAGACUUUUCACUUCUUAAAAGGAAUAGUCAGGCUAUGGAACAGUGGAUGUGGAGUCCUGGGAUUCAUAGCAUUACAUGCUGCAUGUUGGUUAUCCCUGAACUGAUUUUUCAUUCUUUUUCAUAAGCAAGUUGGUAAAUUGAUAGGAUUUUUGUACUUUGCCAAAGAACCUACAAAAGUAAAUAUGAUAAAUAAAUAUGAAAAAUAAAAAGGUAGACUGGUGAUUCUAAGGCAGGGGUGCACAAUUCAAAUGUUCAUGCAGGCUGGAAUCAACCUUGACUUGAACUAAGUGGGCCACUAAAAAAGAAAGUCCCAUGACCAUGCGGAUAUACAGCACAGCAGAAUGAAUAAAAGUGAUCAUGAUCACUUUUUCUAAAUUGUAAAAUCCUCUUUUAAGCUAACUUCAAGAGAGGAGGCUAUGUUAGAGAUCAUUAUUAUUGCUGGCUGACAUCCUGACUAAAGCUCUGUACGUGUUGCAAAAGGAUGCCUGCCUGCACGGAUUGUGUCCACUUCUGAAGUACAGGCACUAGUCCCUGGGGCUGGGGGGAAGGGAGCAGAUUUUCAUGUUUCUCCCAGAAGUGCGAAGAAGAACAUGCAGUCAUCUCCUUAAGGGCUGUCCUUAGGGACAUAUCUGCAUAUUGCUUUGGUCAGGAUGUUGGCCAUGAUUAUCAAUUAUAGAUCAAAAUUCUUAAAGCUGUUAACAUAGCAAGGAGAAUGAGAAAAUUGCUCCCUGCCCCCAAAGCACUCACACCAGAAAAAGAAAACAAAAAGGAGGCAGCGGCUGCUAUGCUGGGCACUACUUUGAAAUGCUACUCUUCUUUGCUCAGCUACUUAGUUUUCAAAAAAUAUGUGUCUCAUUUGUUACACCACAAACAUAAAUGGUCCCACCUUUCCUUUUUCUGCUUUGCUUGGUAUCCAGCCUGAUGAGGAGCCUGGAGAACUCAAGAGCUUGUUUUUCAAAAUCUUGGGUGCAGUCAUGUUCCUCCUGAUGGUCAAAUCAAUUUAAAGUUAGUUAUAAGGUGCAGACUUUGGGGCUAUCACACUGCACCUAACUAACCUCACUCCUUGACAAUCAGUCUGAUGAAGAGUUCUGGAGAACUGAAAAGCUCCCUUGCCUCUUUAUUCUGAUGCAGCAGAUUUUUCUUUAAAAAAAAUUGUUAUUAAAAAUAUAAUACUGUACAUUUGCUUUGCACUCCUUUUCUUGCCAUUGUUGGUGCUCUCUCUGAUUCAGUUUUUCACACCUCUUCCCCUGUUGCACCUACCUUAUCAUGCCAGCACUGUGCAUAGGCACAUGAAUUUUUUGUCUUAACAAAUGUUUUACUUUGUUUUUAUUCUGUUGUAAACCGCCCAGAGACAUAAGUUUUGGGCGGUAUAAAAAUGUUUUAAUAAAAUAAAAUAAAAAAUAAAAAAUAAAUAGGAGUCUCCUCCUCCACUCACCCCCAGUGCUCCAAUUAACAUCUCCUCCAGCACCAACAGGGAGAUCAGAGCAGCAGCCACCUGCACAACUCCCUGCAAAACACAAUCAGUCCCCCUCCUGCUCUCUUUGUGCCUCCCCCACUCUUUAUGGGGAUGGGGCCAUAGCUCAGUGGUAGAGCAGCUGCUUGGCAUGCAGAAGGUCCCAGGUUCAAUUCCUGGCAUCUGCAGGUAGGGCUGGGAAAGACUCCUGCCUGAGACCUUGGAGAGCCGCUGCCAGUCGCUGUGGACAAUACUGAGUUAGAUGGACCAGUGGUCUGACUCAGUAUAAGGCAGCUUCCUAUAUUUCUAUUCCCCGAGUACAAAUUCUGCCCCUCAGCUCACAGCUCAACUCUUCCUCUGUGCACAGAGUCCUGCCCUUGCUUGGAUAAUGGGGAUGGAAAAGAGGAGGUGUGUUUGCUUUUUUGCAGGGAGAAAAGUGAAAGGAGGCAUCUCCUUCCAAGGAGAAAUGAAGACCUCCCCCCUCCCCCCCACGCUUCCUUUGCCAGACAGGUAUUUCACCCCACAGCCUUCUCUUCCUCAUGUGUGCUCAGCAGCAUGACUCUUGGGGGUCCUGGCCGGCUGAACAAAAUGUCUUGGUGGCCUUGGGCCUUAUGUUGUGCACCCCAGUUCUAAGGGCUUGUUUGCAUAAUGAGAGGCACUGAGCUUCUUUUGGAUGUCUCAUGUUAAUCCUGAGUGACCAAAGAUAUGUUUAUGGAGUUUAUGUAUAACUUUGGCCAUCAUCUCGAGUAUUUCACAGGUCCCUAUGUGUUUUCAGAGGACUCUGUGCCAGUUAUAGUAACCCUACUGUGGUUUAGAUGAGCAGUGACCAACUGGCAGAACAUCAGGGCAAAUGUGUCUUGGCUUCCUCUUCUGCUCUUGCACUAUCCCAGGGCUACACAACUUCAGCCCUCCUGCAGAUGAUGGACUACAACUCCCACAAGCCCAAACUAUUGGCCAAUGUGGCUGGAGGUGAUGGGAACUGUAGUCCAAAACAGCAAGAGAGCUGAAGUUGUGCAGCCCUGCACUAUCGUUUAUACUAUGUAUACAUGAGCUGCCAAUCUCUAAGGUUGUUCUCACGACCAGUUCUGGGGUGGGGGAGAAGGCAGGGUUCAACUACCUCCCCCCGCCCCACCAGAUGAUCGCUCUGCUUGUCUUUGGUGUGCAAGUUUUGCAUCCAUACAACUUUAUUUGUAUAAAAUUGACGUGUCCUGGCCUCCGGAUAUCCCACAAUGCACCGUGCAAUGAGCGUGGUGCAUUGGGGGAUACCCCAGUGUGAUGGGCACUAUUAAGAUGGGCUAAAGGUUGGGCUUCAAAGUGGGGUUAGGCACGUGGGCAGCUCUGGGAUCCUUGCAGAUCCCGGCACUGCACAUGAGCAGCCUAACCCAGGCUGGGCUGCCCUAGCCUGUGUUAGGCUGCUUGUGAGAAUAGCCUUUCUGUGUAGAAGGGGGGAUCAGCAUGUGCUUCUUAGAAAAGGAAGACAAGUAACUUAUUGUCUUAUGUCUCCCUCUCAUAACUCCAGCCGAAAUGUCACAGCUACAUAAGGUCUAACAGCAUAGCCAGUUUGUCCAGGUAUGCAUGUGGUCUAACUGAGUUAGAAAGUUGGUUGUCAUUUGUUUACACAAUCACUUGCAUCAGGAUAAAAGAAAUGUGUGUCAAGAACUUUUGAAUUUACCAGUGAGCCCUGUAAACCAGGGUUUCCUAAACUUGGGCCCCCAGAUGUUGUUGGGCUAUAACUCCCAUCAUCCCCAGACAUGGCCUUUGUGGCUGAGGAUGAUGGGAGUUAUAGUCCAAAAACAUCUGGGGGCCCAAGGUUAAGAAACCCUGCUGUAAACUAUUACAGGCCACUUUUUGCUAGGUUCUGCACUUGCAGGCAACUCCUCUGUAAUAAUAUCUCAUGUUAAUCUUAUUUCAUUUAUUUUCAUCCACUCAAACCCAAAGUAGUAGUUCCCUGGGCAGUUGUCAAAUAUAAUAUAGUAGAUCUUUCCCUAAAAAUGCAGUUAUAUAUUAAGACAUAAAGUGGAAGAACUUGACAGUGCAAAAUAUGGCAAAUACAAAUCAAAUAUCCCCGUAUCAUUUCUGCAAAUUUACAUCCAGCGGAGUUGUUCAGAGUUGUGAAGGGGCUGAUGUGUGCCCCUUCCCCCUUGAAUCAGUACUUGGAACCAACAAUUACUCACUGUGAUCUUUUUAAUGAGUUGUGUGUGUGGACAAAAUCUCUUGUAUUCGGGCCGACUUAGAUUCAAACUCCACAAUUAUUACAGAAUCUGAUGCAGAGGUGUCCAGCAGUUCCUCUUAUGUGAUGACACUGGAUCAGUUUCGGUUUGUGACUCCUGAGGAUGUGGACAAGUUGCUUGGAAUGGAGUGGCCUACCACCAGCCCUCUUGAUCCUUGUCCUACAUGGCUUAUACUAUCUGGCAGGGAGGCUGUUGUAGAGGGCCUGGUAAAGAUCAUAAAUGCUUCUCUGGGGGAGGGCAGGAUGCCUCCUUGUCUUAAGGAGGCAAUCAUUAGACCACUUCUGAAGAAGCCUGCCUUGGAUCCCUCAGAGUUAAGCAAUAUAACAGGCCAGUCUCCAACUUUCCAUGGCUGGGCAAGGUGAUGGCCUCCCAGCUCCAGGUGGUCUUGGAGGAAACUGAUCAUCAAACUGGCUUUCGGGCAGCUAUGGGGUGACUUGGUCGGCCUGAUGGAUGAUCUUCAAUUGGGAAUUGACAGAGGAAGUGUGACUCUCUUGGUCCUUUUGGAUCCCUUGGUGUCUUUCGAUACUAUUGACCAUAGCAUCCUCAUGGAAUGUCUGAGGGAAUUGCACGUAGGAGGCAUUGCUUUUCACUGGUUCCUCUCCUACCUCACAGGCAGAUUCCAGAUUAUGUCUCUUGGAGACUGUUGUUCAAAAUCUGAACUUUCGUAUGGUGUCCCUCAGGGCGCCAUAGUGUCUGAUGUUGUUUAACAUCUACAUGAAACCGCUGAAAGAGAUCAUCAGGAGAUUUGGUGCAGGGUGUUAUCAGUAUGCUGGUGACAACCAAAUCUAUUUCUCCAUGUCAGCCUCAUUGGGAGAAGGCAUAACCUCCCUAAAUGCCUGCCUGGAGGCAGGGAUGGGCUGGAUGAGAUGUAACAAGCUGAGACUGAAUCCAGAUAAGACGGAGGUACUUAUUGUGUGGGGUCAUAACUCAGGAGAUGAUUUUGAUCUGCCAGUUCUAGAUGGGGUUACACUCCCCCGGAAGGAACAGGUACACAGUCUGGGGGUGUUUCUGGAUCUGAACCUCUCCCUGAUGUCCCAGGUUGAGGCGGUGGCCAGAGGUGUUUUUAAUUGGCUUUGGCAGAUAUGCCAGCUGCAUCCAUUUCUUGAGCUGAAUGACCUCAAAACAGUGGUACGUACACUGGUAACCUCUAGGCUGGAUUACUGCAAUGCACUCUCUGUGGGGCUGCCUUUGUAUGGUCCGGAAACUGCAGUUGGUCCAGAAUAUGGCAACCAGGUUGGUCUCUGGGUCAUCUAGGAGAGACCAUAUUACUCUUGUGUUGAAAGAACUACACUGGCUGCCGAUACGUUUCCGGGCAAAAUACAAGGUGCUAGUUAUUACCUAUAAAGCCUUAAACAGCUUAGGCCCUGGGUAUUUGAGAACGUCUGCUUCACCAUGAGCCCCACCGCCUGUUAAGAUCAUCUGGAGAGGUUCAUCUGCGGCUGCCACCAACUCGUCUGGUGGCUACUUGGAAACGGGCCUUCUCCAUUGCUGCCCCUGGUCUUUGGAAUGUGCUCCCUGUUGAAAUAAGAGCCUCCCCAUCUCUGGCAACUUUUAAAGAGGCACCGAAGACACAUUUAUUCACCCAGGCUUUUAAUUAGAUUCAUAGUUUUUAAAAAAUUAAUACUGGGUUUUAAAUAUUUUAAUGUUUUAAAUGAUUUUAAUUGUCAAUUGAUUUGAUGUUUUAAAUUAUUUUAACUGUAAACUGCCCAAAGAUGCAAAUAUGAGCUAUGCAGGAGUUCCUAACCUGUGGUGCUCCAGAUGUUGCUGAACUACAACUCCCAGCAUCCUGAACCACAAUAAAUUGUAGCUGGGUAUGAUGGGAGUAGUAGUUGAGCAAUAUCUGGAGUACCACACAUUGGGAACCCCUGAAGCCACAAUUCAAAGUUAAUCACAUGUAAGUCCCCUUGAUUUAAAUCAUAGAGAGCUAAGUACAUACUGACAUUUCUCCCUUUGAAACCAAUGAGAUUUUUAAAAAGUGUCUAACUGUCACUGAUAUUGCCCAUAAGAUACUAAAAACCAAAUAGUUGGUUGUAGAUAUCCAUUUCAGUGCAAGGCUGCUUCACAUUUAGUGGAUUUCCUACAUGAAAAAUGCUUCCAUGCUAGAAAUAUUGUGAAGCCACAUAAACAGAUGUGACAUUUGCAGAUAUCUGAGUAUUGGUGAGUAUACAUACAUCAUUCUUGUUUUGUGAAGCCGGUGCCAAUUGUUUCCCAGUGUAGAAACAUGCAGUAUACAUGUAUGGAAGAUCAUCAUGUUUGAUCUGCACAUAGGUUUCAUGCUAUUUCCUAUACGGAAGCAUUUUCUGUUCAGAAAAUCUGUAACACAUGAACCAGUUCUGACCUUUGAGUACAUUUUAGUAGUUCUGACUUUUACGCUUCUUCAGGUAUUUGUUACAGAGCUGAAUUAAGAAAUGAUAAACAUGUCAGUUUAUGCACUACUAGCCAAAAUAAAAUUGUUGUAUUAUUUUCUGAAUUUUUAAAAAAGAACAUGAAAAAAUUGUAGGCAUUGUCGAUGCCUACAAAAUAGUUCUGAUCAAUUUUACUCAUAAUGUUUAACCAAAGAGGAAAUAUGCAUAUUUAUUUUGAUGAUGUUAUAUUUGUCAGAAACCUUUAUUCUGCAUUUACUGAUAAGGUAUAUGGUCAAAGCUAGGCACAAAACACACCACAAAAGCUGUCAAGCUUGGUUUGGAGUGUAUGGCCUUUUGGAUAUAGAUACUAAGAUGCAGAGAUAGGCAAAGUGUACAUUUUAAAAGGAAAUGAUUGCACUAAAUAGAAAAAUUAGAUGCCAGUUUGAUGACCAAAGUGCACUGAUUCAAAAAUGGUAGGUCAAGAUCCAGAGUCACCGUAUGAAAAGGAGGGCUCAUUUGCUAGUGGCUUUCAGGAAACCGGCAGCUAUAGUUCCUAAAGAAAAUGAUCAAGCUAAAUGACACUAGAUGAAUCCUCACCAUUUCAUUUGUAUAUUCCUUAGUAAAGUGUUUGACAACUGAGAACUGAAUGCUAAAUAUGCUUAAGUUAAUUGAAUUAAAGUAUAUUUCAAAACACAGGCCAAACUUUUCAAACAGUUCUUUUAAUUUGGUAUUUUUUUCUAGAAAUACAUGCAUUAUUUAUUUAUUUGACAGCCUAGCACAUUAUUAGUGAAGACCAGGAUCCCUGCCUUCUUCCAGCUGUGGCUAUUUUAAUUUGCUGUUUGUCUUGGUUUUAAGGCUGUUGGACAAUAUGUGCUCCAUUACUCUGACUCCUGCAGGUAACCAUAGAGCUUUUCAAGGCCAUACAUCUGCUUCUGAAUCAUGCUGAGGGGUGGGAGAACCCCUUAAUCUCAUGCCCGCAGCAAAUGUUUUUCUCUGAAUUAUUAGACACUAGUUCAAAAUUGACUUCUAUUCCUGGAGAGCAAUUUGCUGCUUUUACUGGUAAGGUGUGUAGGAUAAAGCAAAGGCCUAAAAAAAGCCCCAUGUUUCAAAAGCUGUUUGUUAAGCAGUGCCUAAGGCUGCUACUAAUAAAAGAAAAGGAUGCCCAUUAAAAACGGAGUGCUGUCCAUAACACUCAGAAGUGGAGCUCAGCUUAGUAGCCCUCUCGAUCACAGCCUACACCUUUAGAAAAUAAGAUAAAAGGACAAUCAGACAGAGAAAGAAGAUGGGAGCUGGGGAGCUGGAUCAAUAGUAUACUUUCCAAAACUUCAAAAACCAUAGUUAUGAACAAGCACGCACAGGAUAAAUAUUGUUCCAUUUAUCUCUCUAUCUCAAAGCUUCCUCUGGUUGAAGUUCGUAAUUCCCAACACAGACUUAACUAGAUUGUGGAGCAAAGUAUCUCAGAAAUCAUAGAAACAAAGGAAGCAAGGUGAGAGCUUUUACUGGGAUAGUUUCUGGAAGUGCAUGUAUUUCAGCUUCACAAUUUUUUUUCUCAAGGCAGAAGCCUCCUUAUCUAUUUUUGUCCGCUUAAUAAGCAUCGUUUCCAUUAUGGCUUAUAUCUUGCCUAUUUUGCAUCUCUUCUCUUAGGUCAAACACUUGACACGUGGAACUAUUGUUACAAAAAUCUAUGCAUAAUGACAAUUAACCUUUUUUAAAAAACAAUUUUAUUUGAUAACCGUGAGGAAUAAAAUCACUAUCUCUUGGUACAGCAAGUUCCAAUACUGAUCUUUACUUUGUAUAUGGCGUAACUUGUGUGCUACCAAGUGACAGCUGAUUAUUCUAAUUUUUUAUUCUCUUUUCUUGUGUUCCCUUCAGCAGUUUUUAUAUAAGGAAUGUAUGUAAAUAUGGACAUGUGAGUGCAAUGUGUGCACAGAUGUUAAUGUAGUACAACACAUAUGCAUUCACAAACAAAAAUGAGCUGCAGUAGCUUAAAUACACUUUAAUCCAGAGAAGAUCUGUACAUGCUCAAGUAUAAUCAAAGAUCUCUUGCGUGGACCAAGCUCCACAUUCAUUUUGGAGGAUGCAGCCAAUCCAAACGUACGGAAAGGAUGCAUAAAUCAGCAUCGCCUCCGGAAAUGAAUGGGGAAGGCAUUCUGAGCUGGGGGAGCUCUGUGUGUCCAUUGAAGUUCCCAAGCACAGAUCACUGGAUCUGGGCAUUUGGAUUUCCAGUAACAGGCAAAGAACCGGCAUGGGUUCUCUGAUUUCCUCCAGCGUAAAGCAAAAUUACUAAAUUAUUUUUAUUCAAAAUUUACUAAAUUAUUUUUAUUCUCUUUUUAAAUACAUGAUAUAAAAGAUAUAUUUUUAUCCAUUUAGAGCAUGAGUGAAUGCAAUUGAACCAAAUAUAUUUAAAGGAUGCAACUGAUCUUUAAAUAGUGAUCAAGAGCCUUGUUUCUUUCCCCUCAAUACACAGUUAACUCAAUCAUAGUUAACUGGCAACUUAACUCACUGCCUAAGUUGUGGGCGGCGGGGGGAGGGGGGAGGCAGCGGGAAAUGUUCAACAUAUGUAGGACUGAUAAAUUCUGGGGCUCAUGGAGAUUCAUAGACAUCAACUCCAUCCUUACACAUUGCUUUAUCCAGAGAGUCUAUGCAAUUCUUUUCUUAGGGUAACAAAACUAGUCACCUCCAACCAUUAUCACCACAUAACACACACAAAAUGUUUGCCUUCUUCAUUCUCCAAGCACAGCUGAUACUGUGGCCCAGUGCAAGGACUGAAAGGCAGUGAUGAUGGAGGGUUUCCAGGAGAACAAAGCUCUUGUAUGCUAUGGACAUAAUUACGUGCAGAUUUUGUCUGUUUCAAUUGGCUGGGUGUGGGUGUGGGUGUCUCUCUGUGUGUAAAAACAUGCCAGUGUAUGAGUGUGCUUGUGACAGAUUUGAGGCAAGUGAAGUAAUUUUUGUCCCUGCUUUCAUGUAAAUGCACUUUAAUGUAAUAUGUGGUUGUUGAUGUAAUUUGGAUUUAUGCUUUUCUAGUGAACUGUUGCAACCAUAGUGAAUAAAGUUAUUUAUUCUGUUGUCAA